ACAUUUUGCUGAGUCUUUCAUUUUCAUUCUUCAUUUGGAACCACGACUGCUCAUUAAGAAUCACCAUAAUGGCGUUCUCCGACAUUUCUGUUUUGAUCAAAGUUAGUUUUGUUGUGUCUUUAGUUGCCUUUAUAAUUCAUAUUAUCGGUUAUUCUACUAAUUAUUGGGUAGAAUAUCAAAGUCAACUAUAUUUAUAUAAAUUCCAUCAGGGAUUAUGGAGACAGUGUACGGGUUCCAAUGAUUCUCAUACCUGUAUGGAUAUUCCUGCUACUGGAUCAACUGUGGAACUGAAGACUACAAGAGCCUUUGAAACUAUGGGUUUUUUAGUUGGUAUAGCUUCCUCUUUUCUGAUGAUUUUGGCUAGUUUUGCUCGCCAGAAACGAAUCAUCCGAGUUUUGGCUACUACUACUGCCUUUGGUGCUGGUGUGUUGGUAUUUGUUGGUGUAAUUGUAUUUGCUACAGAUAGACCAACAGCGUAUGAAUAUGGUUAUUCCUUUGCUUUGUCUAUAGUUGGUGGAAUUCUGUAUGUUGUUACAGGAAUGAUUCUUAGUGUUGAAAUGCAAUCAGGCACUCCAGCAUCUGCUUAAUAAGAAACGCAAUUAGAACAUCAUCUUUUUUACUAAAAUUAAUCGCUGAACUUUUAUUCUUCAAUAAGAUGUUAUGGAAAUCGGGACGAGAUGCACCUUUCUACCACCAGCGAGUUGUCUGUUCUUUGGUCAAAAAGUUCCAUCGGUUUUGGAAAGAAAAUUUAUAAAAGUUACACAAUGGACAUAGUACUUUAAAGUUGUUUAGUUAUUCUGGCAUAAUUUUAUUGGAUUUUAAUAUUUAAAAUGAAACGCAAACGCAGACAGAAAGCUUAGAUAAACCAGCGCAUUGAUUCGUCUGUAUUUAUUGAUUCGUCUGUAUUUAUUCAUUUGCAAAAUGUUUAUUUGUCACGGCGAUAUUUGGGCUUCGUCAUGGUAGCAACAUACUAUUAAACAAUGGCUUAUCUUUUAUUUAGUCAUGUAACAUCCGAACGGCACACUAUUUCGAACUGGAAUUUUCACGUCUGCAUGGAUUACUUCUUCUCAUGUUAGUGUUCAACUAGUAUAACUUGUGAAAUCUGGACUGCACCUUUAACCGUAUGUUAUUAUAUUCUCAUAUUGGAUUCCAAAUAUGUUAAUGGAUUAGUAGUGCUUUUCAUUCAUAAAACGGCCAAAUUUAAUGAUCCAAUGUCACAUAAUAUAUACACCAUAUAUAUAUAUAAUUCUGACAUCUGUAAAUGUAUUUAUAUAUUAUAAUAGUAACACAGGUGUCAUAGGUAUUGACUAGCGGAAACGAGGAUGCAAUUGACAUAAACAUAAUUCUAAAAUGCUUCCUAUGAUUAUGCUGAGUCAGCAUUUAAGAUCAGUAUUUAUUAUACAUAUACUUAAUAAAAGUUUAAACAGAUUUAUUAAUAGACCUAUAUUUAUAACAACCGUAAUGUGGUGUAAGCAUAUAUAUUUAGGAAUGAUAAUAUAUAAAAAAAACAUAUUUCCAUUA